UGUGUUCACUUGUACAAAUCGCUUGUUGCUCUCUGUAAAAUUGUAGUCUAGAUUGAUACGGAAACAUAGCCCGGGCUUCCAUAAGCUGAACAACAUGGAGUCGGAUAAGUUGCCUGAAAUUCACGGUCUUUCUGAGGUGGUUGAACCGCACUUUGCAGGGGCCCGUCUCGUUAAUUAUCGGACAAGCAGGCUGACGCAACCGGGUGACAACUACGGAAGCGUUCUCUUGGCGGUUCUUGCCCAGCUGCAGCGAUCGGACGGGGAGCUUUUCGAGGAGCAGCUGGUGGCCAAAAUUCCACCCACGGACCCCAAGUACUGGCAGUUCUUUCAGCCCGAGCGGACCUGCCUCACUGAGAAUGCCGUGUACAAAGUUUUGGCCCCUACUCUGGCCGUUCUUCAAGAAGAAGCUGGCAUCCCCGCUGAGCAGCAAUUCAAGGGAUUCUCCCGCUACUACGGUUCACGCGUAUCCCUCGACCCCAACUCAUCCAAGGUGGAUCAGAACGCCGUGUUGGUGCUGGAAAACUUGAGGAGCAGCGGCUACGUUUCCGGCCAGAGGCUGAGAGCGUACGACCUCCCCCACACGCUGCUCGCCCUCAGAUAUAUGGCGGAGUUCCAUGCCCUUCCCCUGGCCCUGCGACUACUCAAGCCCAAGUUGUUCCAGGAAGAGGUGCAACCCUUCUUCGAGAAGUUCGACUGGCAUGCAGCAGCGCCCGAGUGGAAGACCGUGAUGAAAGCAGAGACUCUGGAGGACAUUCGACGAGCCACCAACAACGACUCCCAGCUGGUGUCCCGCGUAAAGGAGUUAUCCGACAAGUUUUUUGAGUUCCUGGCCGCCGCCCCGGAUAGACCCAAUGGGCCAUUCACCAGCAUUAUUCACUGCGACUUCUGGAUAAAUAAUCUUCUGUUUCUCUACGAGCCCGCAGGAACACCCAUUGCGCUGAAAAUUAUCGACUUCCAAACGGCACAGUACGAUUCCGUGGUGCAUGACAUAAUCUCGUUUCUGUUAUCAAGCGUUGAUACGGCUAUCUUGGAGACACAUUUCGAACACAUGUUGGAAGUCUACUACGAGGCUUUUGUGUGUUGUCUGCGCCGUGUGGGAGCUGAUUCGGAGGAUCACACCUUCAAGAAGUUCCGGGAGGAGGUGAAGCGCGUCGCGUACAUACAGGUUCCCCACGCCAUUUUCAUGACGCGCUUCAUUUUGGCCGACAGUCAGUCAGUCAGCGAAGCAGAGGAAGUCCGCCAGCUCUCGGAUGUGCUGAAGAACCCCGGAUCGGAGCGCAUAAGCCGCAAACUAAGCCAAAUUUUGAGCUUGGCCCAAAAGUUUGACAUAUUGUACUGAGGCGAAUAAAUUGACCUGUUAAUGCAAACUCUAAUUGACUAAUGGGUAU